UUAUCUUCAGAUAAUUCCAUAUCUGACAAGCUGAAACAAGAACCCAACGACUGGCCACAAGCAUUGUUGGCAAUCGGCACAUUUGGAAAUAAUAAAUUGAAGGAAGAAACUCAGAAGGAUGACCAUCCUCAAAACCUCCAUUGCUCUGAUGAUUUAACUGAUUUCACAGUUGAAGAGGUUAAUAAACUACAACAAGAACUAAAAAAGUUACUCAUACGCAAGUCAAAGUCCAGGUCUAGUACGGGAGCAGGGAUAGUUGAAGAAGGUAGAGUAAACCCGCCAUUGAACAGGUUCCGAAAUUGGCCAUCAAGCUUGGAAGUUGACAGAACUGCUAGUGCCAAAUUUGAAUCAUUGGAGGAUGAAAGCAAUGGGGACCUCUCACCUAACACUACGAUCGUACUACCCAAAUUGAAAAAUAUGUUGUUGGACGACCACAACGUGAAGAAGAAAAAACCCAUUUCAUUCCUUCUCAAGAAGAUUUUUGUGCGUGGCAAUGACUUCACACCAGCUCCAAGCUUAAGAGAUCUCAUACCUGAGUCAAGGAUGGACAAGAUUUUAAGAUCAAUUCUCACAAAGACGGCACACCAGCAAAAUUCUGCACCAAUUUCAUCAAAAAAUUACUUGGAGAAUAAACCAAAAGAGCAAGCACAUGAAGAGCAAGACGAGGGUAGGAAGAAAACCAAGUGGGUGAAAACAGAUUCAGAAUUUAUUGUUCUGGAGAUCUAGUGACCAACUGAUCAAGAUGGAGAUGGUUUGCCAAGUCUACGUUCUAUGCAAAGUUUACAAUGCGUGCCAAGCCUGGACCUUCAAAUGCAAUAGACAUUAAUUAUAAAAGAAUACAAGGGGUGGAAGUGAGGGGUUGUGGACAAAUGCCGAUCAGAUGAUCUUCAAACAUUGUAGCGCCUCUUAUACACUAGAAAAAGUUGGAUGAUAGGAACGAUUUGAUCUGAUGACUUCGUCUAGAUGUAAAUAUAAAUUAAAUCGAUUUGAGCAUAUCUAGUAUCAUUAAUAACAUAUUCAUAUGAAAA